AAAAGGUCAGCCCUCGCGUUCGUGUUCGUCCCGUCACCCAAUUUCAAACCCCACUCUCUCCCCCCGCUCCACUCCCCACCUCAUCCGAUGGCCACCGCCGCCGUCGACCCGGGAGAAUCGACGCCGGCCACCGCCGCGACGCCGCGCGCCGGCCCCGCUCGGCCGGAUCCCGCGCGCCGCGUCCCCGUAACCCCGCGCGAGCUAGGGUUUACGCCGUUCCGCGACCCCCCUCCCCCUCCUCGAGAGGAAGAGGGGGCGCUGCCGAACUCGUCGGAGGGGGAAAUUCAGGCGCCUGAGUGGAAAUCUCUUGCCGGAUCUCAAGCUGGUCCAGAAACCGAGGGCGUGAGGACACCUGUAAGUUCGGUUAAGAGCACCCAUGAAGCUUUGGGGCAAGAAGCAUUCACUGAUGAACAGCAUGAGCAGUUGGAUGCACAGAUACUAGUCAAUGCAGAUCUUUGCCAGGGAAAACCAACAGCAAAGGCCGCCAUACGCCCUGCACGCGACUCUCCUCCUCUAGAGGGAGCACUGCCAAAUUCACCAGAGGAGGUUCAGACCCCUGAGUGCAAACCUUAUGCCAGAUCUCAAGCUCUUCCAGAAACUGUGCAUGUGAGGACACCUGUAAGUUGGGUUAAGAGCACCCGUGAAGCUUUGACGCAUAAAGCAUUCGCCUAUGAACUGCAUGCACAGUUGGAUGCACAGAUACUGGUCAAUCCAGAUCUUAGCCAGGGAAAACCACCAGCAAAGUCCGCCCUACGCCCCAUGCGCAACCCUCCUCUAGAACGAGCACUGACAGAUUCAUCAGACGAGAUUCAGACUCCUGAAUGGAAACCUUAUGCCGGAUCUCAAGCUGUUCCAGAUACCGAGGGUGUGAGGACACCUGGAAGUUCGCUUAAGAACACCUGUGAAGCUUUGGCGCAUGAAGCAUUCACCGAUGAACAGCAUGCGCAGUUGUAUGCACAUAUAUUAAUAACUGCAGAUCUUAAACAGGGAAAACCACCAUCAAAGGCUGCCAUGGUUCUGGCCUUUGGACAACCUGUGGAGGGUCAGAAACAUGCAUGGGAGGAGGUUUGGCGUGCUGCUGUUGACAGAUACCAGAACCAAAUGUCACCACUGGGCUUUGAGACGCCUUUUAGUUCCCAGAAUGGCCCGUUAGAACCAUCUCCUAACAGCAUGAGGAAUCUUGAGGAGGUUGAGCUGAAGGAGGCGCAUUCAGAGCUCGUUGAUGCACAGACUAGCAAAUGGCAGAACCAGAAGUCACCAGUGACUGGCUUUGAGACACCCAUCAAGUCUGUGAUAGGCAAUUGCACAGCUCAAGGUUUGGAUGUUCAGAAUGGUGGAGAUAUUCAGCAAUCAGUCAGUUGUGCUGACAAAGUUGAUCAAGAGCCACCUGAUGACAGAAAGAUAAUGGAUACAAUCUAUGGUGGGCUAGAGUCUCGUUGCGGCAGCACUCCCUCGGAAAGUUCAGAAAGCUUGACGGAACUGGACUCAUGUGUGAAAUGCGGUAAAGAUGGGCAGCUGCUGAAAUGUUCCAGUUGCUUCUUAGCCGCCCAUGCUAGGUGUUUUGGUUCAUCAGUGACAUUCGAUGACUCUGGCCAUUUUGAUUGCCCUGUUUGCUAUUGCCGAAAAGCUGCUAAAGCACUGGAAAAGGCUAAGAAAACAUAUUCUGAAGCUAGGAAAAAUUUAUCUGUUUUCUGCAGCGGCUGGAAGCAAUUUUCUAAGGAACACAGUGAGCUGAUGAAUGGCUUUCACACAGCUAAAAAGCAAGGUCAGUCUGAAGCAGCUGAGCUCUGUCGCAAGGAUGGAGAGCCUAGUCAUCUGAAAGAAAAUGGUACAAGUGAUGCUUGUCCUGAGAAGGUAGUCACCACAAAGACAACCACUUUUUCGAGUUCUGAAAAUGCAAAAUCCCAUGGAGACAGCAAUAGCAAUUUGUCUCGUGAAGUGCCAUAUUCAGCUCGGGAUAGAUUCAGUUCUGUUGCAAAUCGCAACAUUGGGGUUGGCAAAGAGAAUUGUCUUAUGAAUUCUCCCAAUUGCAAUUUUUCUGAUAGACUAGGAGCUAUAUCUUCGCGAAACAUAAGCCGCCGCAAAGUAAGCUUUCAAGAAAUGGGGACAGUGGCACCAAAUAGUACUUGGAAAACAUUGAGGUACCAGGAUCAGUUCGUGCAUUCACCAGCAAGGAAAAGAUAUUAUCCAUACCCACCCGAGCAUUACUACAGUCCCCACACACCAGCUAUGAGGAGUCCCCUGGCGCCAAGUAAAACGCCUUUCACAUCGACAACCGCGAGGCGCAAGAUGAUCUUCUGGACCGAGGCAGAGGAGGUGGCUCUGAGGGAGGCAGUGGCGAAGUUUGCCCCGAAUGGGGAGGCCGCGAAGGAGAAGAGGUCCAUCUCGUGGGUGCGCAUACACGAGUACUGCAGGGAGUCGAUCCACCCCACGCGCUGCCCGGACGACCUGCGGAAGAAGUGGAACCGCAUGAAGAACAAGCUGGGUGCGUGUCCUGAAGACGGUAGUGUAGGAGGAGACGGCUGCUUCUGAAACACCCCUCCUCAUCUUGCUGUUGUAGGUGGAGGGGAAGAGAAGUGGCCGCGUCCUCAGCGCUCUACCGGCGAAACGUCUCUGCCCUAGAGGCCUGUUUCGCCCUCUGUUGUAUAUGUGGCGCGGCGGCGAUCGUCUGUCUAUAUUUAUGGGGAGUCUAGUGACUCCUCCGAUAUAUGAACCAACAAUGUAUGCAUAUGGUGGCUGGGGAGAGAGGUUUCAGUGAGAUGGAUAUGCAAGGAUGAUGAUGAUGAUGGCAGCUGGUAGGGAGGGGAGCUGCACAGCCACCAUGUGUUUAUGAAAUGUAUGAUGGAAGACUUGUAGUCUCAGCUAAUUAAUCUUGUACUAGGAUGGAUUUCCAUGCCUGCCUGACUCACAAAAAAUGUUGUUUCCAGCGGCUGUGAUGUGCUGUGCUGGGACUGUUAUAUUUGAUGUCUAAUAUUAAUGGACAAUUUGUUGUUCUUCUCC